AGCUGAUUGGCUGCGCGGGGAGACUCCGAGGGCGCUGCUACAGGAGCACCGGGCACUCGAGUCCUGCAGCCUCGGGAGUAGGUGCCGCGCGCCCGCCCGCCCGCCCGCCAGCCCGCCGCGCGCUCGGGAGCCGGGGCCGCACUCGGGCCGCCGCGCAAGCUCCCCUCCCCGCGCAAGCUCCCGCCGCAGGCCGAGGGCCGCCACCCGCCGAGGACAGGGCAGGAGCGCGCGGCCGCCGAGCCGGGCAGCGCUGGGGACGGCGUCUUUUGUCCCCGGAGAUCGCUGGAAGUUUGCGGCGGGACGCGCGCGGGGAGGCGGCCGAGGCAGCCCCGACGUCGCGGGAGCGAGUGCGCCGAGCCAACAUGGGCAGCGGGCGCGGCACGGGGGGCCGCCGCUGGGCCGCCUCGGGCGUGCUGCUGGCGCUGGCCGCCGGGCUCCUGGCCGCGGGCUCGGCCAGCGAGUACGACUACGUGAGCUUCCAGUCGGACAUCGGCUCCUACCAGAGCGGGCGCUUCUACACCAAGCCGCCGCAGUGCGUGGACAUCCCGGUGGACCUGCGGCUGUGCCACAACGUGGGCUACAAGAAAAUGGUGCUGCCCAACCUGCUGGAGCACGAGACCAUGGCCGAGGUGAAGCAGCAGGCCAGCAGCUGGGUGCCCCUGCUCAACAAGAACUGCCACAUCGGCACCCAGGUCUUCCUCUGCUCGCUCUUCGCGCCCGUGUGCCUCGACCGGCCCAUCUACCCGUGCCGCUGGCUCUGCGAGGCCGUGCGCGACUCGUGCGAGCCCGUCAUGCAGUUCUUCGGCUUCUACUGGCCCGAGAUGCUCAAGUGUGACAAGUUCCCUGAGGGGGACGUCUGCAUCGCCAUGACCCCGCCCAAUGCCACCGAAGCCUCCAAGCCCCAAGGCACAACCGUGUGUCCUCCAUGUGACAACGAGCUGAAGUCUGAAGCCAUCAUCGAACAUCUCUGUGCGAGCGAGUUUGCCCUGAGGAUGAAAAUCAAAGAAGUGAAAAAAGAGAACGGUGACAAAAAGAUUGUCCCCAAGAAGAAGAAGCCCCUCAAGUUGGGACCCAUCAAGAAGAAGGAACUGAAGAAGCUGGUCCUGUACCUGAAGAACGGGGCCGACUGCCCGUGCCACCAGCUGGACAACCUCAGCCACCAUUUUCUCAUCAUGGGCCGGAAAGUGAGGAGCCAGUACUUGCUGACGGCCAUCCACAAGUGGGACAAGAAAAAUAAGGAAUUCAAAAACUUCAUGAAGAAAAUGAAAAACCACGAAUGUCCCACUUUUCAGUCGGUCUUUAAGUGAUUCUCCCUGGGUGGGUUGGGGAGGGAGCCGUGGGUUGGGGGAGGGGUGGGGCUGAGCAGACAGCCCUGGAGGCCGGAGGUUCACGCUCGCUGCUCCUUCGGUGGUAGAGGACAUUGUAAUCCAGUCGGCUGUGCUCCGGCAGCAUCCCUACGCCUCCCCUUCCAUAGCCACGCUCCAGACCCAGUACAGCCAGUAUUGCAAAACCGCAUGCCCAGGUAAGGAAAAUCAUUUAGGUUAGGAAGUCUUUUAGGAUCUACAGCAUGGAACGGCACAUCACUGAGUAAAAGCAGGUGCAAACCAUUUCAACCCCAGACGGCCACUAAAAAAGAAAAUUCUGCCGGUAAACAAACAAAAAACAAAAAGAAAAACGAGAUUGGGCAAAAAGUGAGAGACAGCAGCAAAAACUCAGCUCUGCAACUUUCUUUGUGUUGUUCCAAGUUGCUUAUGGAUCUCCCAGCUGAUGUAGGCCUUUGGAACUAGAACAUUCUGACUAUUGGUCAGAUGUGUUGCUUUCAGUUCCAGAGUAACUUUUCUUUCUGUCUGCCUUGGAGAGAAACACACAGCCACACCCACAACUUGAGAUGAUUCCCGGAAGUCAGCGCAGGGGAGAAAGCAAAGGGACAGUACGUAACAGUGGGAACGCAGGGAGGUCACGGCUGCUCUGCCUUUCCGUGUGAUUGUCUUUUGGCACGAAUCCACUCGUCUCUGAUGGCAUGGACGUGGCGGUUAGCAUUGGCCUCCAUGUGUGACCUGACCUCGGCACGUGUGGAGGGCCACACGUGCCUGCCUUUGUGUGGGGAGAAGGAAACACCGUGGGGACCAAGCCCGCGGCAUGAGAGAGAUGAUGAUUUUCAGUCAGAGAAGGCAAUGGUUAGUGGUUUUCAAAAAACAUAGUUAAAGAAAAAAACAUUAGGAACAGCCCCACAAAAUUGCUAGUCAGUGUGAACCGUAACCGGGUGAAGAGCUGCGUGUUCUCAUGUCACCUCUCCUCUCAUUUCACUUUUGCGGAGGAUGGGGGUGGGGGGGUGGGGGGGAACCCUAUUUACUUUCCAGCAUUUAAAAAAGAAGUGCAUUUGAGGUGCAUUUGGUGCAUUUGAGGCUCCUUUCCAGAAAGCUCUCUCACUGGGCGUUUGGGGUGGGGGGUGGAUUUGCCUGAUAGUGGAACCAUGUGGCCCUCUUUUCUGAGGCGUUCUGGAUUGCCCUGGCCCCAGCCCAGAGCCAGUCAAAACGCACAGCGCUUCCUGUGCUUUCCUUUCCUGCGACCAAGUGGAUUCCUUCCAACUUGAUUGCCUGUAGAUCAAAGAAAUUCAGUACAACCCACCUGCCUGUCCUCUGUACUUAAAAACAAACAAACAAAAGUAUUUUUUUUGAAUUUCUGCAGAGGAAGAGUUAAACCCAAAGUGUCCCCAUCCAAGGAGAGAGUUUCAAAGGCAACACAUCUCUGCAGGUUUUCCCGAGCGCCCUAAGAUACUUCUUAAAACCCGUGCGUUUCAUAGGCAAUGUAUAGAAGCUCAUUCACAUAAGCAGCUUUACUCCUUUUGUUCAGUGACUAAGAAAUCAUUCUAAGCAAUUAAUGUUCACUUGCCCCUUGAGCCCGAUUCUUCAUUCUCUGUAACACCCAGAGUUGGUGAGUUAGUAGUUGUCCCUCUGGGCCCGUGUUUAUACCCAAUCCGGAAGCUGCAGUGAUGCUGGAAAGUGACACCCAUGAGGCUCCCAGACUGACACAGAAACAGUGGAAGAUUCUGUUAACUUCUGAAAACUCCAGUCUGCAAAUCAGCACGCCACCUUCAUUACCUACCAGAGGGUUAUCCUGAUAUAAUUAACCUCUCGCAAAUAGUGAUCCUAUUAUUUUAACAGUUUGCUGUUGUUGUUUUCUUUUUCUUUCUUCUUCUUCUUUUUUUUUUUUUGCUUCUCUCUGACCUUUAAUCAUAAAGUGUUGGGGAUCUUAAAUGAUUUGUCUGAAAUUUUGGAUGAUUUUUUUACAAAAUGUGUAUAUAUGUAUUAGUUAAUUAGAAAUAUUCUACUUUCCUAUUAUUAACUGAAAUUCUGAACGAUUUCAUGAAUGCAUGGAUCUGGGCCUUUGUUUGGGUUGCUUGGGUUGAUGAACUCAAGAGUUCAGUGCUCAUAUGUAUCUGCUCAUUUUGACAGAGAGCGUGUAUGCAACAGACCUCUGUCCAAAGCAGGGCCGUAGGAAGGGGUUUCCGCAGAAAGACUGAGGAAAAAUGGGCGGCCGUGCUGCACAGCUCUCUGAGUGGGAAUUCUCAGGUAGGAGGUGAUGUUUGCAGCCCAAGCUCACAGUGGACUGGCACUGUGAAUUGCAGCUCUUGGUUUUACCCCCACCAGACAGUCCCAGGGCUUGUGAGUUUCAGUGAGGAUUUGAGAGGCACGCGAUCCCUCUAAUCCAUCAGCAGUUUGAGGGCACAAAGGGAGGGUCUGCGGCCAAAGCUGCAUUUUUAUCACAACCUUUGUUUUUUCAACUGAGGAUAUGACAAAACCAAUGUGCAGACCAUCGGCUUGGUCAUUGGUUUCCAAAAGAGGAGGUGAUCUGGUAAUUGUUGCAAGUUCAAAGGUCAUAUGUGUAAAGGUUAAAAAUCAUUCCGGGAAAAAUCCUGUGAAGUCAUUGACAGCACUCAGCUCACUCUUUGAAGAUUGCUGAUUCUUUGAUGAGAUGAGAAUCCCAAGAACACUUCACUUUUAGACGAUCCUGUGUAACCCUUGGCUCUUGCUGCCAGGGCAUUGGCAACAGGGCCCCGGAAGGCAGAAUCCUGGGUCAGAGCUUGAGUUUUCAUUUGGAUCUGUAAAUUAUAGACAUCUCAGAGCCCAAAGCUAGAAUGUGUGUUUCUCAUCAGCCUCCCAAGUAACUAGUUGCUCUGUUGUAACUCUGCAGAUGUGGGCUCGGGCCAUCUGUUCCUGAAGCACACCUUGGGUGACCCCCUGGGACCAGCUUCCCGGCCAUUCUGAUCUGUCACCAGCAGAUACAUAGGGCGUGGGUGAAAUUCCUGUUUGCUCUAGUCCCCUCCUGUAGCACUCCUCUUUUAGAGUCUAAAUCUUUUACAAAAGCUUUGAAUACUGUGAAAAUGUUUUACAUUCCAUUUCAUUUGUGUUGUUGUUUUAACUGCAUUUUACCAGAUGUUUUGAUGUUAUCACUUAUGUUAAUAGUAAUUCCCGUAUGUGUUCAUUUUACUUUCAUGCUUUUCCUGCCAUGUAUCAAUAUUCACUUGACUAAAAUCACUCAAUUAAUCAA